CUUUAUUUGCAGACAGCCAAGACGAUCUUGGUCACGCUUGACUCAUUGUUGCGCUCAGAACGGAGGCCAGCUCGCCACGAUGGCAGCGAGACGCGUCCUUUGCAACCCCGACUUGGUAGUGCUGCUCUGGGCCUUCCAGCCCGGGCUCCCUCGUGAUCUCUACGACCUCGUGGCCGAGUGCCGAGCGAUCGCGACGUGCCGCAGCUACGACGACGCGCUGUAUUACCUCUUGCCAGCCCGAUAUGAACGAUCCCUCGCAUCGCUAAAGGUGCAAAUCGCUGACGCCAGCAAACUUGAGCUCGAGCUCGAGGGCGAUGUCGACGUGAGCCAGAAGCAUCUCGUGUCGGCGAGCGCUCUCUUCCUCUGCGAAGCUGCGCCGGCGGCCAUGCUCGCCAUGCAUCUCUUGGUCCUCACGCUGGACCUCGAGCGUUUACACCGAUGGCUGCGCUUCCAGUCGCCACCAAAUGUAGUACUCUCGUCCAACACACUCGACUUUGCGGCACGUUGUGGACGCAUCGAGGUGCUCGAGUACCUUCUCAUCAUCGCUAGUCCCAUGCGAUGCUCGUCCAGGGGCUACGACGCUGCAGCCAAGUACGGCUGUCUCCCCAUCGUCGAUCGUCUCGAGAGACUUGGUGUUCCUUGCACCGAAGCGGCUAUCGACGGCGCUGCGCUUCACGGACAUUUGGCCGUCGUCGCCUACUUGCAUGGGCGCGGAAAGCCGUGCACGACGCUGGCCAUGAGCGGCGCAGCAGCCAAAGGCCACCUCGAGGUCGUUCGCUAUCUCCAUGUCCAUCGACACGAAGGCUGCACAUCGUGGGCCAUGAUCGGUGCCGUCACAGGCGGCUUUGAGCGCACCAUUGCGUUCCUCCAAGGGCACCGGCCGGAGUGCGCUCCGACGCUUCGCCCUCCAUCCCGCCCACGCGCCACCGCAUCUAGUAGCUCGCGCGCUCGACCACUCUCGGCGGUCGACGCUGAGCUGCUGGCCUACCUGUGCCCGUCGGCUGCGUCGACGGCUCAACAAUGUUAAAUAAGAGUUGCGUGUGUUUAGUUUGAC